AUGUCGCCCAGGAGAAGCCUCUUCGCUUCCUUCGCCGCGCCCGAUCAGCACCACCCGCAGCUGUGGCCGGGCCCACGGGUGGAGGUGCCGGGCGCCGCCCUGGAGCUUGCCCGUAGGCGGCGGCGACUGGCGGCCAACGCCCGGGAGAGGAAGAGGAUGCUGGGUCUGAACGUGGCGUUCGAGCGCCUGAGGAGCGUGGUCCCCCAGAUGGAGAGCCACAGAAAACUCUCCAAGUCGGAGACGCUUCAGAUGGCGCAGAUUUACAUCGCCACCCUCAGUCAGCUGCUGCGGCCGGCGGAGGAGGACCUGGCGUGCCAGGCGGGGGAGACGCGGGACGGAGAGGAAGACUCGCCUCAGGAAGAAGGAGCGAGACCCGAGCCGCUUGGACCACUUGUGUGAGGACCAAAGACUU